AUUAUGUAUUACAUGGUUAAUGUAUAUUUAUAAGUUGCAUAUAUUUAUCUUGUUUUAGGUUAUAACAGUUCACCGGAACAAGUAUCACCUCCGGUGCAGACGAGUCAACCGCCACCUUUUACUGAAAAUAAAUGUCAGUAUCAGAUCUCGGACUCUAUGCAAGCAUUAAGCGAUGUAUCAGGUGGUUACGAGGAGAACUAUCAGAGCCUAGAAGAUAAACAUCCCGGUUACUAUGGUGAUCAGAGUCCUACAGAGUUCUAUCCAAAGAUGCAAGAACAGAAAUACCGACCUCCACCAUUGCAGAGUAUGUGCAGAGGUCAGUACAUGCCUCCCGAGGCUCACUCCCAGCCUCAGACAGAGAGUUACUUCGAGCCUCAUCAUCAGUACCCUCAGAUGGUUCCCAGCAUCAAGACUGAGAUGCCUUGGACCCAUCGUGAUUAUCCGGGCUGCAGGGACAUGAAUGGUACCUGGUCUCCUACUGAUCUCAGAACAAAUAUGUCGCGAGCUGGGUACCAUCCGUUACAUAAUUUAGGGGACAUGGGACCACAGUGUGGCGAGGGAAAGCCAAUGAUUCAGGCCGCAGCAUUAGCGGGGUAUUCAGGCAGCGGACCAAUCCAGUUAUGGCAGUUUUUGUUAGAACAACUGACCGACAAGUCAUGCCAGCAUUUCAUAAGUUGGACUGGUGACGGAUGGGAAUUCAAACUUUCCGACCCAGAUGAGGUUGCACGACGAUGGGGAAUCCGCAAAAACAAACCAAAAAUGAAUUACGAGAAAUUGAGCAGAGGACUCCGUUAUUAUUAUGAUAAAAACAUUAUUCAUAAAACAGCGGGAAAACGUUACGUGUAUAGAUUUGUAUGUGAUCUCCAAAGUCUUCUGGGAUACACACCGGAGGAAUUGUGGGAAGCAUGUGAUAUCAAGCCUCAGAAGGAUAAAGAUGACGAGUGAAAAGGUUGUGGGGGUCAUCCUAGGUCAAGGACAGUAUUUAGAAAUUAAGGUCAAAUAUGUCUGAACCAAGGUCGAAGGUGACUUGUUAGAGGCAGUUAGUUAGUGCCUUAGUAAUUCAUGUUCAAAAUUGAUGAACAUCAAUUAACUAUAGAAAUGGAAGAAGUAGCGUGAGAUAGAACGAAAGGUGUUUGCUGAAACACAUAGGGAGAGAAAAAAGCUUAAUAAUUUAAAUAAGGGCAGCAUCUUGCAUAACUAAUGGUGAUCAAUUUUUUAUUCUAUGUAAAAAUUGUUCUACAUGUAAAUUAUGAUUUGUAAGAUGUUUUAUAAAGUCAUGUACAGGCAGAGAGAGAGAGGAAAAACCUGAUGAAACAUGUAUCAUUUUUAGUGACAAAGGAUUAAAGGUCAAUCAUGGGAAAUGACCUUUAUAGGGUUUUUUUUGAAAGGUUGAGAGCGUUGCAUUUUUGAGUAUUGACUAAUUAAGACGCAUCAGGAUUAUUGUGGUGCGAAAAAAGCAACAACAUAUAUUGUGAUAUGAAUAAACUUUUUUUUUAUUUGUUACCUGUAUGUAUAUACUGAAGACAUUUAAAUGUUUAAUAUCUUAAUGUUUUCUUUUAUGUGAAAAAUGUGUUUUUAUAUAGAAAUGACUUACAAAAUACAGAAGAAAUGAGUCAAUUCCAUGGUUAUCUGUAUGUUUGUUAGUUACUGAACAUUAAUGUCCUUCCAUAUAUAGAAUGUUAAAAUAA